AUGUGGAAAGAUGGUACAGCACUUAGUAUCCAUCAUCAAACUCACACAGGGGAAAAACCAUUUGAAUGUAUGGAGUGUGGAAAGAGCUUCACUUCUAAUGGAGCAGUAAGAAGACAUCAAAGGAUUCACACAGGGGAGAAACCAUUUAAUUGCAUGGAGUGCGGUAAGAACUUCACUUAUCAUCAAACACUUAGAAUCCACCAUCGAAUUCACACAGGGGAAAAACCAUAUAAAUGUGUGGAGUGUGGAAAGAGCUUCAGUUGGAGUGGUGCAGUAAGAAGACAUCAGUGGACUCACUCAGGGGAAAAACCAUUAAAAUGCAUGGAAUGUGGAAAGAGUUUUAUUGAGAGUAGAGAGCUGAGAACCCAUCAUCGAACUCACACUGGGGAGAAACCAUUUAAAUGCACCGAGUGCGGAAAGAGCUUCAAUCGCAGUGGAAAACUUAGAAAACAUCAAUGGACUCACACAGGGGAGAAACCAUUUAAAUGUAAGGUGUGGAAAGGGCUUCACCAAUGUUGGAAAUGUUAGAAGACAUCAACGGACUCACACGGGAGAAACCAUUUAAAUGUAUGGAGAGUUGAAAGAGUUUCUUUCAGAGUGGAACCCUAAUUUCACACACAGGAAACUUAGACGACAUCAACAGACUCACUCGGGGACAAGCAAAUGAAUGUAUGGAGUGUGGAAAGAGCUUCAAUAGAAGUGGAAACCUUGGCAAACACCAGCAAACUUAAAGAGGGAAAACCACUUACGUAUAUGGAGUGUACGUAGAGUUUCAGUCCUGAUGUUCCUACAAAACAUCAAUGAACUCACAAGGAGGAAAAGCUUUAAGAGUUGAAACCCUACAAUCCACAAACAGAAAAUCAUAAAUGGAUUGAAUGGAAGGAGUGUGGGAAGUGUUUCAAUUGCUUUAUAUAUAGAUAAUUUUAUUAAUACAGUGGUACCUCGGGUUACAUAUGCUUCAGGUUACAUACACUUCAGGUUAAAGACUCCGCUAACCCAGAAAUAGUGCUUCAGGUUAAGAACUUUGCUUCAGGAUGAGAACAGAAACCGUGCUCCGGCGGCGGAGCAGCAGCAGGAGGCCCCAUUAGCUAAAGUGGUACUUCAGGUUAAGAACAGUUUCAGAUUAAGAACGGACCUCCGAAACAAAUUAAGUACUUAUCCUGAGGUACCACUGUAUAUAUAAAUUUUAUUUAUAAAUUGCGUUCAAAAAUAGAAGCAUUCACUUCCGGGUUGUUGGCGUUUGAAAUCCCCAAACAUUCGACUUCUGAAGCGUUCAACAACCGAGAUUCCACUGGGUAUCCAGCAAUAGUGUGUUGUCCAACGAUAUCCAUUUUUUUAACCGACACAGAGGCUGCCUCAUAGUUGAAAAUCUAGCAGUGCGAAGCCACCUCUAUUUUUAGUAUCUAUCAAAAUUUUAUACUGUAUUCUUGGUGUUUCCCCUCUGCCAGAGUAAUCAUGAAAUAUCUCUUUGCCAUUUGUUAAAGAAGCUUGUAUUAUUUAUUAUUGGUAAUUUAGAAUAAAAACAGUAUCUUAGGCAAAACAUUUCUCUUUAUGGUUGAAAUCCUUCGUAAAAGUGAAAGUUUCAUCCUCCCCCAUAUUUCCAAAUGCUUUUUAACAUCUUUUGAUACUUUAACGUAAUUGGAAUAUGUUGUAAUUCAGUGUUUUUCAAAUAAACCCUUAUUUAGUCUGCAUCUAUACAAUGAACUCUUUUCACCCCUCUUUAUCAUCCAUUUUGAGUUUUGAUCUGAUAUAGUUCUUGGCUGGAUCUCUACAGUCUUUAAUCCUGUAGGCAGUUCCUUCAAUAUCCAGAUCAUGUUUCUUCUUCCCGCAGAAUCCUUUGAAUCAGAAGAACAUGUUUACUCUUGUUCUAAUGGGGGUCUGAAUCUCCAAGCAUCUGGGGUGGCAAACUAAGGCCUGUGGGCCGGAUCAGGCGCAAUUGCCUUCUAGAUCCGGCCUGCGGACGGUCCAGGAAUCACCGCAUGGAUUGCCAGCACAACCGUUCUUUCCCUCUCCCUCACACGGCUGCUCUUUUCUCCUCAGGGACGAGCAAUCUUGUCCCACAAUGGGUGCCAUCAACGGGGGGAGUCGGCUCACCCGCCUGCCUGCCUCAGAAGGGUGGCGCUGGGAAGGGGGGAGUGACGCUGGCUGCCGGCUGCUGCUGCAUUUUCCUCUUGCUCCUCCUCCCUCUCCCUAAGUCUGCCCUUCCCUCCUUUUCUGUGCCCCUUCUCCGUGCUGCUUCCUCACGCACUUUCUUCGUCACCCCUCCCUCCUUCAUUCCUCCCAUGGCGUUCAGGUGGUUUGUUGCAGCAGCCGCAGCUGCCGUUGGUGGGUUGGCGGGCGGCUCUGUCUUCUCCGCUGUGCUUCUCGGGAAGCAGCAGCAGCAGGUGGUGAGUAAAAGCUCUGGCAACGCCCUGGUUCCCCUACCGGUUCUCCACCAGGGCUGUGUGGUAUAGUGGUUAAGAGCAGUAGUCUCGUAAUCUGGGGAACCGGGUUUGCGUCUCCGCUCCUCCACCUGCAGCUGCUGGGUGACCUUGGGCCAGUCACACUUCUCUGAAGUCUCUCAGCCCCACUCACCUCACAGAGUGUUUGUUGUGGGGGAGGAAGGGAAGGGAGAAUGUCAGCCGCUUUGAGACUCCUUCAGGUUGUGAUAAAGCGGGAUAUCAAAUCCAAACUCUUCUGCUGCUACUGCUUCUGUCUUCACCGGCCAACACAGCCUCCUGCCCUGGCAACUGGCUGGAGAAGCCCAACUGGGGCUAUUGGGACGACAACUGGGACAGGUAAAGCCAAACAUCUUCAGGCCUCUUUGCGGGCAGGCGAAAAUCGCUCAUUUCCCCCCGAAAUAUAGUCCGGCCCCCAACAAGGUCUGAGGGACAGUGGACUGGCCCCCUGCUGAAAAAGUUUGCUGACCCCUGAUCUAGUAGAUCCAUUGUUGUAACCAUAUCAAAAAAGUAUUUGGUAUUUUGCCUUCUUCCGAGAUACUUUCCCUCAGUGUUCUGUGAUCCUACUCCAUUAAAUUCGCCCGUAAUAAUUAUAUUUCUGUCAUAAACGUCAGACAUACUUUCCUCCAGUAGUUGGAAGAAAUCUCAUGCGAAAAGUGGCUCUGAAUCUGAAAGUCCCAGUCCCAAAUCUUAAUCCUGCCACCCUAAGAUAUUAUAAGCAAGCCCCACAUUCCUCUUUCCGCCUGCAAUAGGGAGGUUAGAACAACACUUAAUACCCGGCAGGGAUCAAAAGAGCCAGAAUUGCUUAAAAUUGCAGGGAGAGAGAGAAAAACUGGAUUUGAAAUAACCCAACCACAAGAUGAAAAGUCUCCCUAGUAAAUGAGGGAAGGGGGAGGCAUGGGGGGGGCUUUUGAAGUCUCCCUGCUGGCAAGGGAUUUCCAGAGCAAGGGCGCCUCUGUCUGUCUGGAUCCCUCACUGCCUCUGAAUCCAGUGGGUGGUUUUUAAUGGGGGGAGGAGGGCUGGUGUUUGAAGCUGGGCUUGGCUGUUCGGGGGCGUAGCUCAGCAAGGCAGCAGGUGCUCUGCACGCAGAAGGACCCCGGUUGAGUGCUUGGCAUGCAGAAGGAGGCCCAGAAGGAGAUCCUCCCCCUGCCUCAAAAAGGAGGGUGGAGGAAACUUGCCCAGCUUCCCCCCCCCCCGCUCCCUGCCGCCAGUUGGGGGGCGGGGGCCGGGUCCCCAUGGAGCCCCCAGAGCAGGAGGCCAGAGGCAGCGCCCCCCCGGCACCAUCCCCACCCGCCACAGGGCGGGGCUGCUCUGCGGACGUAGCUCUAGGGACGCGCGCGUCGGAAAAGGAGCCGGAAGUGUCGCCGCGAAACGCGCCGGAAGUUGCCAGACAGAGGAAGGAGGAGGGGCGUCGCUGAAGAGCCCCCCGCCCGCCGCCGCCCUUUCUAUUGCAGACAAGCAAAGCGGAGUAAUCUGGAGCCAGGGAGGCGGAGGACCAAGAGGUAAAGAGGGAGAGAAGGGGGGGAAAUAGAGGGGGGGAUAAGAAGGGGGGAGGACAAAGAGACCCCCCCCAAGGAAAGCGCCCUCCCUGGGGCCCGUCGACAGGGGCCCCGAUCCAGGCGACCCAGGUGGGAAGGGGGGACCCAACACCUGCAGGGCUGGCCUUGCAAGAUCUCCUGGGCAGCAGCAGCACCGCCAGACUCCCUUUCUCUUUCCUGGGGGGCCGAGAGAUGCUCAGCUGCCCUGCCCCCCCUGGAGGCCUUGGCGGGAAGGGGAAGGAGGACCCCAAGCAGGGCUGGGGGUGGGGCUGAGGCCCCCCAUUCUCCCUGGGGUCGUGGGGCGCCUGGCUGGGGAAAGGGAGAGAGGGUGUCCAGGGAAGGGUUAAAGGAAGGGGGAGGAGCCUCGACAGAGACCCCUCCCCCUCCAGCACCCCUGACCCCCUCCUCCCCCCCCUUCCCUGAUGACAAUACCAGGUUAUCUUAUUCACUAGGACUCAUCUCCAUACUUGGAUUGUCCUGAAUACCACCAAUUAUAGCCUAGCCCAAACCCAAACGUCCUGCUAGGAUGCAUCUUGGCUUCCCUGCAGAUGAAACUGAGUGUGUGAGGAUUGAUAAUAUUUUCAUUUAUCCGUUUUAGACCCCUAAGUAGUAGCAGUUGCCAGGACAUUGUCCUGUUCGCCUCUGUAUAGUUCCAGCCUUAUUUCAGACAUUGUGGUAGAUUGCAAUCAGGGUGGGUUUGAUAUAAAGCAAAUUGAUUUCAAUCACAAUUUACGGUAAAUCACUAGUCAGUAUGAUUCUAUUUAAAUCAAAAAUUUCUGAUUUGGUUACACUAUUAGAAAUACAUAGAUAAUUAUGAAAUCAUUCUGAGGUUUAAUAAGUUUACUGUCCAUAUCUGGACAACAGUUCUGCUGUAAUUUAUUGGAAGGAGAAAAAUAAUCAUUUCCUUAGUAACAACUUAAACAAUUUAUUUAACUAAAACAAUAAUAUUAUAGCAUGUUGGUAAAAAUAUUUUUUUAAUAAAAAACAACAACCAAGCAGGCUGAGUUUUAGCGCACAUGAAAAACUCAGAACUUAAGCAUUUCACCACCUCCACUACCAGCCACCCCUUUGGAUUGGCUUCUGCAUUCAGGUGCCUAUUCUGUACAGUUAAGUGUUAGUGCGAUUGUUGGAACCCAGUGGGAUUGGGAAGAGGUUGCCAGCCCUGAAGAGCCCUCAGCGCUUGCCUCAAGUCUGACUUGCACAAUUAUUACACAAAGACCCCAAGAUGUGUGGAGUAUUUUGCUCACAAGGUUGCACGUUCAUUUUUACUGCUUCACACUUAGCUACUUGUGCAGAUCUCGUCCACUGCAAACCAUCUACCGUAUUUUUCGCACCAUAGGACACACCAGACAAUAGGACGCACUUUGUUUUAGAGGGGGGAGAACAAGUAAAAAAAAUUUCCCCCUCUCUGCCCAGCGCCCCUUCAGUGAAGCAGCAGGAGGCGCUGCACAGAGAGGGGGAGAACUUUCCCCUUCUUGUUUUCCCGCUCUAAAACAAGGUGCCAUUUAAGGUGCGUUCAGGCGGCUACCUUGGAAGCCUAGAGAGCGAGAGGGGUCAGUGCACACCGACCCCUCUCACUCUCCAGGCUUCAGGUUCCUUUCGACCUGCUUUUUCGGGCUGGCGGGGGGAAGUCCACCACCAGCCCCAAAGAGCAGGUCAGGGAGCAGCGGAAAGGCGCAGUGGAGAGGCUCCUGCCAUAGCCGCACGUCACCUCUCCAGCCGGGAGAGGGUCGCAGGGCUAUGGCUUCUUUAGCCCCGCGCGCGCUCUCCCGGCUGCAGAGGUGACGUGGGGCUGUAGAGGUUCCUGCCAUAGCCGCGCGUCACCUCUCCAGCCGGGAGAGGGUCGCAGGGUGCUUCUUUAGCCGCGCGCGCGCUCUCCCGGCUGGGGAGGUGACGCGCGGCUAUAGAGGCUCCUGCCAUAGCCGCGCGUCACCUCUCCAGCUGGGAGAGGGUCGCGGGGCUAUGGCAUCUUCGCUCCAUAGGACGCACACACAUUUCCCCUUCAUUUUUGAAGGGGAAAAAGUGCGUCCUAUAGAGCGAAAAAUACGGUAUUCAUUGAACCUCUUAGAACUUAGAAUUUAAGGGGUUAAUUCUGUGUAUAUACCGUAUUUUUCGCACCAUAGGGCGCACCGGACCAUAGGGCGCACCCAGUUUUUAGGGGGGGAAAUCAAGAAAAAAAUAUUUUCCCCCCAGCCCCAAAGAGCAGCGUACACGCUGCGCACAACCUCUCCCUGCCGGAGGGGUUGCCGCUCGCUGUUUUGGCUUCCCCUUUAGCCUCGUGCAGCCUCUCCUUGCCAGGAGACACUGCGCAGGGCUAAAGAAUCCAUAGCCCCGUGCAGCCUCUCCUUGCCGGAGGGGUUGCGCACAGCUAUGGAGCAAGACAAGGCAGGGGGCGGGAUGGAUCCCGCUCGCUGUUUUGGCUUCCCCUUUAGCCCCGUGCAGCCUCUCCUUGCCGGAGGGGUUGCGCGCAGCUAUGGAGCAAGCCAAGGCAGGGGGCGGGAUGGAUCCCGCUCACUGUUUUGGCUUCCCCUUUAGCCUCGUGCAUCCUCUCCCUCCUGGGAGAAGCUGCGCAGGGCUUUCCUGGCUUUUCUGGGAGGUGGGGGGAUUCCCUCACCUUUUGCAAAACCGGCAGAAGCCGCGCACACUUUAUAAGGGCUGCACGGCUUCUUCUGGCUUUCCUGGGAGGUGGGGGGAUUCCCUCACCUCUCGCAAAAGCCCGCAGAAGCCGCACAACCCCUUUAAAGACAUCGCGGCUUCUCCUGGCUUUUCUGGGAGGUGGGAGAAGCAACUGAUGCGGCCAGUCAGUCCCUUCUCCCUCCUGGGGAAAAGCCCGCAAGAGUGCAAGGAGCUUGUGUGCGGCUCUUGGGGGCUUUUCCCGACUGCCUCCCCCCUGCAUUCGCUCCAUAGGACGCACACACAUUUCCCCUUGCUUUUUAGGAGAGAAAAAGUGCGUCCUAUGGUGCGAAAAAUACGGUAAAUCUGCAAAGGAACAAUGGGAUCAAGGUUUUCCGUCAACUCUGUAUGUUUAUUUUAUAACAUUUUUCCUGUGAAGAAAAGGCAUGUUAUCUCUGCAGAUACACAAAUUCACACUUUUGAGAAUGGCAAAAACAAGCAUCUGUGACAAUAUCUUCUCAUUAGAAAAACUUCCCCAAAUAAUCUUACAGAAACCUCUGGAAGAGCAUGACAUUGUGAAUGGGUUAAUGGAAUUCAUUUACCCAAAAAAUUAAAUAUUGCAUAUAAAGCCUCAUGCUAGAUAAUUAAAAGCAAAUCCUUAUUUCCUGAUGAAUAGCCUUUGGACUAUAAUGUAAUUAAAUAUAAAACUAUCUUUAGAUAGAUUUUUUCCUCUAAAAGCAUUUUAUUUUUUUAAUAAUUCUGAUUAAAAUAAUAAAAAAAUUCUGAUUUAAAUAAAAAAAUCCAAUUUUAAUUUUUUUAAACAAAUCAUUGAUUGUAUCCACCCUGAUUGUAAUCUUUAGCUGCUGAUAACAUGGCAACGUUUAGCAGGUCAUAUUGUGAGGUUUAGCUGGUGAGAACAUUGCAAUUGUUAGCUGACGAGUUAUCAUGAUAUUGAAAAUCAGAUAUUUCCUAGUCCUUAUACACAUUGGAUUUGCGAUAUAACGUCAGCUCAAAUAUUAGGAAACAGUUAGCACAUUAACAUCAAGCCCAGCUCUAAUUAUGACCUAAAUUUCUGGCCCAGUGUAUCAUUGAAGAUUUUACCAAUUUUAUUUUGUUUCCCAUUCUAAUUGUAUCUCAUACAUUUUGGAAAGUUUUUUUUAAAAAUUGUUCAGCAGUACCUAAGAGACCAACUAAGUUUGUUCUGGGGAUAAGCUUUCGUGUGCAUGCACACUUCUUCAGAUUGGACAAUUUUCUACCUGAAAUUUGGGAAACACUUUCUCUUUUCUCUCAAUAAUAUCUCUUUCAAACUGUGAACUUUCAGUCCAAAAACCUCUCCCUUCAUCUUGUCCAAACAAGAUGAUUUGAUGGUAUUGAAACCAAUCCGCCACCACACCUCCCACCUCAUCCUGUUUAUUCAGUUUUAUUUCUUCUUCCGAAAAGUCCAAAAGAUCUCUGUAAGUUGCCCAUUGCUUCUUCCCUAUUGCAUUUUUUAAAAAGCUGUUGCUUUUGUGGGUGGAAGCCAAAGAGGUGUUUUUCUUUCCAGCAGAUUAUUAUAUUUAUCCCAUACUGUAAAAAGGAUUUUCUGAAUAACCUGAUUCAUAGAGCUCUUGUGUGUUUUAGUUUUAUCCUGCCAUAAAUAAGCGUGCCAACCAAACAUAGUCUUACGACCUUUGUUAUAAGGAAAACCUACUCCUUUCCCCUUAUGGGGUAUCCAAGAGCCCAUAUAGUCCUCAAGUGGGUUCCAUAUUGGUAGGAGAAAAUAACAGAGGCCAACCAGAGUAUAUGGGAAGCAAAGCGGCUAGUAAGCCUGAUCUUUAUUGCAACAGUGCCCCCCCCUCACCACAACCAGCAGGGAGGUGUGCAAGGCCUUAUAUAGUCUUUUGAAAUUGCCCACCCAAGACCACCACCCCAAAUAUCAUACAGAAGGAGACUGUCUACAGCAGGAAUAGAUCGCAGGAGGUGGUCUACAGCAGAAAACCUGUCCUCAAGGAUACCUGUUAAUGGUCACUAACUGCAUUACCUGGGCAGCCUGGCCAUUCUUUUGUGUUGGUAAAUACUUUAGUUCCUGAAUCCAGGUCACAGGCUCACCCUGUUCAUCCCUCCUUAAGACAGUAUUUGUAAGCACAAAGACAAUGGGAAGGCUUCCAUUUGCCUCCUUUACUGCAGAGGAAUAUUUGAGUACGUUUCCGGGCACAAUUCAAAGUGUUGGUGCUGACCUUUCAAGCCCUAAACGGCCUCAGUCCUGUAUACCUGAAGGAGCGUCUCCACCUCCAUCGUUCAACCUGGACACUGAGAUCCAGCGCCGAGGGCCUUCUGGCGGUUCCCUCAUUGCGAGAAGUGAGGUUACAGGGAACCAGACAGAGGGCCUUCUGGGUAGUGGCGCUUGCCCUGUGGAAUGCCCUCCCAUCAGAUGUCAAGGAAAUAAGCAGCUAUCCUAUUUUUAAAAGACAUCUGAAGGCAGCCCUGUUUAGGGAAGUUGUUAAUAUUUCAUGCUUUACUGUUUUUAACACUUGAUUGGGAGCCACCCAGAGUGGUUGGGGAAACUCAGCCAGAUGCGCUGGGAAUAAAUAAUAAAUAUUAUUAUUAUUAUUAUUAUUAUUAUUAUUAUUACUACUAUUAUUAUUAUAGGUCUGUGGUGCUCAAUGUUUAGGCAUAGUAAAUAUUAGGAUUUAAUUAGAACUUGUGUGUUAUAAUGGAGAUAUGUUAUAAGGUAGUCUCGGUGUAUUUUAGAAAGGGAGUUAUGUAAAGGGUUUUUCAUGUUUGAUCCGUGUUUCUGUGUAAAUACUGUGCGUCAGACUGAGAAUGUCAUCAGGAAGGUCUAGGAAAGGGUGCACCUGCUUCUGAGCAUCAGAAAUGAGCAUGGAAAGAGUUAAUAUCAUUAACCUACCGGAAUCGGCCCCCUCCCUUUGUAACAAGCAGCUGUAGGUCUUUUGGGAUUUAAUAUCAGCUCAUGAAAAGUGGGGCACAUGACCCGGAAAGCUGCCUGGCUCCCUCCGUCUGAAGGCGGAGAUAUGCACCACACGCCAUAGCCGAAUUCGGCUGCACUUGCCAUGGGAAAGCAGAAGGGGCAAGCAAGGAAGGGGGAGACGGCCAAAGAAACCUGCUCUCACACAGGUGCCCCCCCCUGCCAAUUCCGUAACCUUAGCAAAGCCCAAGUUCAAACACCACCCCUAUUUAAAAGAGGCCCCCGUAAGGACGACACUGGACUGCCCUUUACGGUUGCCGUAAGUUACUCUUCCAAGUCCCAAAAGCGCGAAGCAACUCCGGUCUAUUUUGCAGGGCUGUUGUAAUGGGGACCCCCUGUGCCACCGCCCAGGGCAGCCCAAAGUGACGUAUAACCAGUUGUUGUUGUUGUUGUUGUUGUUGUGUUCCACGGUGAGACUCCAAGGUCUUCUGUGUCAUCUUUCCUGUGCAGUGGACGCUCAGGUUGCGAACGUGAUCCGUGCGGGAGGCACAUUCACAACCCGCAGCGCCGCGUCUGUGCAUGUGCGGGUUGCAAUUCGGUGCUUCUGCACAUGCGCAAAGCGUGAUUUAGUGGUUCUGCACAUGCGCAAGGGCUGAAACCCGGAAGUAACCUGUUCUGGUACUUCCGGAUUCCGUGCGGUGCCCAACCCGAAAACACAACUCGAGCGUCUGUAACCCGAGGUAUGACUGUCUUUUGGAAGGCAGCGGGAAGGCUGUUCUCAGGGCCUGCUCCACCGUGAGGGAAACUGAGGCAGCCCCCUCAGGCAGGAGAUGCAGGGAGGGGCAAGGAGGGGACGGAGCUGAGUCCCAUUUGGCCAGCCCUGAUUUAACCCUCUAUCCCAGGCAUAGGCACCCUAAGGCCCAUGGGCCGGAAGUUUGGAAAAACUUUAAAAAGUGUAAGAACUCACAUUAGGUAGUCAAAAAAUAGUAAUUUAAACAAAAUGCUUAUAAAAAUAAGAUAAUUACUUAACAUUUAGCUUCUGUUACACAUUAUAUCCACAUAAGUCAAUAGAAAAAGUACAAAGAGAUGAUGUUCAAGAUGUGCCCUUUGGGAAAUUUGGUUUUGGCAACCGCAAAACAGCAUCCUUCAAAUCAACUCUUGCAAUAGGGAAGACAAACAUACAAAAUCCUGGUUUUUUCCUGAGGUAUGACACUUGUUUAGAGAUUAUUGUACACUAAGCGGGGCACUUUUAUACAUAUCAGUGCGUCCCAUGUCUUAGUGUAUCAAAGUGCCCCAAUGGACAUUUUCAAAAAACUAACAAUUGUUAAUAAAACCACUGAACUUAUUUGAAAAUCACGUGUAAUCCUGAUUACUGAGUGGAAUAACUUACCUUUGGUAUUUUUAAAUCUUAACUAAAUGCCGUAAAAAAGUGUUGGAACACUUUUACAUUUCACAUAAUUUUUAUUUUAUUUUUUUAAAAAAGAUAUUUAUUAAGGUUUUCACAGUGUUACAAAAUGAAAAAAGAAAAAAUACAAAAUAAAAAUAGUUAAAAACAAUUCAAUCUUUCCAUUACUUACCUUUCAUUUGCUUGUUUCCCAGACCUCCUCAUACCUCCCUUUUUUGUAUUCCAGUUCAAUUUAUUAGUUCAGCAAAUCCUUUCCCUCUUUGUUUUAUCCUGAUCUUUAAUCUUAAUAUAUUAUAGCAUUAAAUUUUUACCUGUUAAAAAUCCAUUUUUUCAUAUUCCUUUAUACCAUUACAGCUAAAAACCACCUAACUUCAAUCCAACAUCAUUCUAACAUUCAUUAAUUUUGCAGUAUUUCUGUAAAUAGUCUUUAAAUUUCUUCCAAUCUUCUUCCACCGACUCUUCUCCCUGGUCAAGGAUUCUGCCAGUCAUUUCCGCCAGUACCAUAUAGUCCAUCACCUUCAUCUGCCAUUCUUUCAGAGUGGGUAGGUCUUGUGUCUUCCAGUAGAAGAAGAAGAAGAGUUUGGAUUUGAUAUCCCGCCUUUCACUCCCCUUCAGGAGUCUCAAAGCGGCUAACAUUCUCCUUUCCCUUCCUCCCCCACAACAAACACUCUGUGAGGUGAGUGGGGCUGAGAGACUUCAAAGAAGUGUGACUGGCCCAAGGUCACUCAGCAGCUGCAUGUGGAGGAGUGGAGACGCGAACCCGGUUCCCCAGAUUACGAAUCUACCGCUCUUAACCACUUCACCACACUGGCUCUCUCAGUACUUUGCAAUAAGUAUUCUUGCUGCUGUUGUGGCAUACAUAAAGAAAGUUCUAUCCUUCUUUAACACCGAUUGGCCGACUAUGCUCAGGAGAAAGGCCUCUGGUUUCUUCAAGAAGGUAUAUUUAAAUACCUUUUACAAUUCAUUAUAGAUCAUCUCCCAGAAAGCCUUAAUCCUUGGGCACGUCCACCAAAGGUGAAAGAAUGUACCUUCAGUUUCUUUACAUUUCCAACAUUUAUUAUCGGGCAAAUGAUAAAUUUUUGCAAGCUUGACUGGGGUCAUGUACCACCUGUAUAUCAUUUUCAUAAUAUUCUCUCUUAAGGCAUUGCAUGCCGUAAACUUCAUACCUGUGGUCCAUAACUGUUCCCAGUCAGCCAUCAUUAUGUUAUGUCCAACAUCUUGUGCCCUUUUAAUCAUAGCUGAUUUCACCGUUUCAUCCUGAGUAUUCCAUUUCAACAGCAAGUUAUACAUCUUUGACAUAUUCUUAGUUUUGGGUUCUAACAGUUCUGUUUCUAAUUUUGAUUUCUCCACCUGGAAGCCAAUUUUCUUAUCCAAAUUAUAUGCCUCCAUUAUCUGAUAAUAAUGAAGCCAAUCUCACACUUUGUUUUUUAAUUUCUCAAAACUCUGCAAUUUUAGUCUAUCUCCAUCUUGUUCCAAGAUUUCCAAAUAUUUCGGCCAUUUAUCCUCCAUAUUAAGCUUUUUCUGAGCUUUCGCUUCCAUCGGUGACAGCUACCUUGGGGUUUUGUUUUCCAUUAAGUCCUUAUAUCUUAUCCAAACGUUAAACAAUGCUUUCCUGAAAAUAUGGUUUUUAAAUGCUUUAUGUGCUUUGACCUUAUCAUACCACAGAUAUGCAUGCCAUCCAAAUACAUUGUUAAAACCUUCUAAAUCAAGAAGGUCAAAGUUUUCAAGAAGCAGCCAUUCUUUCAACCAGCAAAAAGCUGCUGAUUCAUAGUAAAGUUUAAGGUCUGGCAGGGCAAAUCCACCUCUUUCCUUUGCAUCUGUUAAUAUUUUAAAUUUUAUUCUAGGCGUCUUGCCCUGCCAGACAAAUCUAGAAAUAUCUCUCUGCCACUUCUUGAAACAGUCCAUUUUGUCCAGGAUUUGCAAUGUUUGAAACAAAAACAACAUUCUAGGCAAUACAUUCAUUUUUAUCGCAGCAAUACGACCCAGCAGUGAAAGCUUCAAAUUUGACCAAAUUUCUAAAUCUUUUUUCACUUCAACCCAGCAUUUUUCAUAGUUGUCUUUAAAUAAAUUCCCAUUUUUUGCUGUCAUGUUAAUCCCCAGGUAUUUGACUUUCUUGACCACUGUUAAACCUGUCUCAUUCUGAAACCUCUCUCUCUCCAUUGGUGUUAAGUUUUUCUCUAAAACCUUGGUUUUUAACUUAUUCAGUUUGAACCCUGCAACCUGACCAAAUUCUUGAAUCAGUUCUAAAACCCUUUUGGUACUAGAUUCUGGCUCCUGUAACGUCAAUACCAAGUCAUCUGCAAAUGCUCUCAAUUUGUACUGUUUGGCUCCGACUUGUAUACCUUUAACCAACUGGUCCCUUCUAAUCAUAUUCAGCAAAACCUCCAGGACCGAUAUAAAAGUAAUGGGGAGAUUGGGCAACCUUGUCGUGUCCCUUUUUCUAUCUUAAAUUCUUCCGUCACCACAUUAUUUACAAUUAAUUUAGCCUUUUGUUCAGAAUCUAUUGCACUUAUACCGUUUUCAAAGCCUUGGCCUACCCCCAUACCCUGCAAGUUCUUCUUCAUAAAACUCCAAGAAAUGUUGUCAAAAGCUUUCUCCGCGUCCACAAAUAUUAAAACUGCCUUAGUAUUUAUAUUCACUUGUAAUUUUUCUAAAAUGUUGAUUAUGUUUCUCACAUUAUCCGAUAGAUGUCUACCCGGGAGAAAGCCUGCUUGGUCUUUAUGUAUCUCUUCCACUAACACUCUUUUUAGUCUUUUAGCCAAGAUACCUGCAAAAAUUUUGUAAUCCACAUUGAGCAAUGAUAUGGGGCGGUAGUUCUUAAGCUGGGUCUUUUCAGUCUCUGUUUUCGGUACAAGUGUAAUAUACGCUUCUUUCCACGACUCUGGUGCCCUUUUCCCAUCCAUUAUUUCGUUACAGACUUCUUUUAAAGGUUGUACUUGUGGGAAUGUUCUGGGGUGCAGGAGAGGAUAUAUUGACUAAUUAUAUCCUUAUCCAACUUGUGCUAACAAGUUCCCAAAAAUAUCAGCAGAGUUUAUAAACAUUCCCCUUUAAGUUCGCAACAGUAACGUGUGCACAGGUUCGCUAGAACCUCUAUAAUAAUUACACUGGUAAUUUCCCCUUUGUUCCCUCUUAAAAUACAAGACACAACACAGUCUUUAUGAAAGUAUAAAAGAGUUUACUCACGUUCUGUUCACAAUAUGAUCCCAGAAGGCAGACCGGCUUAAAAAGGUUACAUACAUCCAGAAUCUAUCUUAUAGCAAGAUAGUCCUUUCCUCCUCUCUUGGCUGAGAGCCAAGAGAGCAUCUUUAGAUGCUUCCUCAUCGAAGGAAAAUGGCAGAGAGAGAGAGAUGGCUGCCUGCCCUGUGCUUUGUCAUUACCUGCACAGGUGAGGCCACACCCACCUCUGGUCACAUGCGGAGGAAGUCCGUCCCCAGGAAGUUUACCUGCUUGCUGGACAGACAUCCCUCCCCAUGUUCUAACAUGUACACUCUAGGAAUGUUGUCAUUGACUGCUCCUGUGUUUACAUCCCACAGUACUAACCAUUCUUUUAAAGAUCUGUAGUAUCUAGAAGUCAGUCCAUCCGGUCCUGGAGAUUUACCUAAUUGCAUAUUCUGAAUGGCACCUUCUAUCUCCUGUUCAGUUAUUUUAUAGUUCAACAUUAGUUUAUUUUCUUGGGAGAUUUUUGUAAUCCAUUUGUUUUCAAAAAUCGGUCUAAGUCAAUUUCUUUCUGUGGCCCUUGUGUAUAUAGUUGUUUGAAGUACCUCUGGAAACAAUUUCUAAUCUCAGCUGGGUUCUGUAUAUUCCUUCCUUCCACUUCUAGAUUAGUAACUAUUUAAUUUUUGUCUUUUGUCUCAUUUGUUUAAUUUUCCAUUCUAACUCCUGAUUCAUCAUUUUCAUGUAUUGUACUUGAUGUAACUUUAUUUCUCUCAAAAUCUCUUGCGACUUUGGUUUUGCUCUCAAUUUCUUUUCACUUUCCUUUAUUUUCUCCAAAAUUUUAUCCUUCUUCAAAUUUUGGAUUCUCUUCUUCAAUGCAUUCUGUUGUAUCAAGAACCCUCUCAUAACAGCUUUACUUGCGUCCCAGAUUACUCUUUUUUCCACAUUGGUGUUCAUAUUUAUCUCGAAAUAAUCUCUCAAGGUUUUUUGGGCCUUCUUAAACACUUCAUCAUCUCUAAAUAAGGUGUCAUUCAUCCUCCAUCUGAAGGAACCAGUUGGUAUUAGUUUCAUCUCCAUCUUUACAGCAUUAUGGUCGGAGCAGGUUUUUGGGCAGAUUUCCACUUUUCUUAUCUUUGGUGCCAUUCCUCUAGUUACCCAUAUUUGGUCAAUUCUUGUCCAUGUCAGUUUGGCUUCAGAGAAGAAGGUUCCCUCUCUGGCUAAGGGAUUCUUUGUUCUCCAGAUAUCAACUAAGUCCAAGUUGUCUGUCAUCUCAAAAAAAGUUUUUGGUAGUCUACCAUCCUUAGCGAUUACCUGUCUUUGUGCCUUGUCCAUGUGUGUAGAUACCACUCCAUUCAUGUCUCCCAUCAAAAUCACAUUAUAAUCCAAAUAGUCCAUCAAGGUCUCAUGCAACUUUUAAAAAAAGUCAGAUUUCCCCUCAUUUGGUGCAUAAACUCCUACUUGUUGGCUUUUUGCAGUAUGGUAGCGCUGCAGAGAGCUUGCUGGGGAGACCAUGCAUUAAAAAGGGACUCAAAAAUAAUUUAAACAAGGUUUUAAUAAGAAAAACAAAAACUCCUUUUACACUAAAUACAUUAACAUCACGAGUGGCCUGAACGCAUGCACAUAAUUCACUCUCUGUUGUGGAGAGACAAAUAAUGUUUUGUGUCUGGGACUUCCAUUCAAAUGGACAACCGUUAUAACAAAACACCAUACCAGACACACCCCUGCAAUUAUUUUGUUCCACUGCAUGAGAUGCAUCACAGAAAAUUUCAAAACCUUUGUCAAUACAUGUUGUAAACUGCAACCCUUUCCUUUAUAAACACACAAUUGUCUGCCUUUCCCUGUGAAAAACCAAUAUCCAGCAAUUCUUUUGCUAAAGUUUGGUGCCAAUUCCUUCCACUUUGGUGCAGACCAUAAAGGGAUUUAUUUAACUUGCAUACCAAACCUUCAGCGGCGUCUAUGCCUUCAGGGACACGCAUAAAAAUUUGUUCUUUUAAAUCUGCAAACAAAUAUGCAGUUUUUAUAUCCAAAUGAUAAACAGAAUGUCCACGCUGUGAUGCAUCUUUUAACAAAAGCUUAACUGUUUCAUAUUUUACGCUUGGUGAAUAACACAAAUCAUAAUCUUCGCCUGGAAUUUGUUGAAAACCCCUAGCAACUAAUCUAGCCUUGUACCUUACAACUUCAUUUUUGUCAUUCAUUUUAACUCUAUAAACCCAUUUUGAAUCAGUAAGUCUCAUAUCUGGGGUUUGUGGUACAAGAGACCAAGUGUUAUGCUCUUUUAAAGAAGCUAUCUCAGAGUUCAUAGCUUUAUACCAAUUUACAGCUUGGUGCUUAGGUAAAUUCCGAACAUCAUUGUAGCUUUUGGCUCAAAAACCGCCUUAUUGGCAUAGACAGUAUUAAAAUGUUCAUCUGCAAAACGUUGUGGCUUCUGUCUCUUUCUAUCUGAACGUCUUAGUCCGGAAGGAGAGUCAGACUCCUCAGACUUAAUGGGACUAUGUAAACUACUAGUUUCAGGUUGUAAAUCAUCAUUGUCAGACUGAAGAGAUGCCUGUUGGCUAAGCUCACGGUCAGAAAACUCAAGAGAAUCUAACCUCCCUCGGGUGCCUGUGACUUUAAAUCAUCAAACAAAUUAUCAGAUUCAACAGGCUUUUCGUCUUUUCCCAUUAAUUCAGAAGCACCAUUUCCUGCUGCUGCUGCUGCUUCUCCUUCUACCUCUUCUUCCUCAGUAUUAUCUAUACCGUUAGUAUCUUGGAAAAUAGCAACGCCAUUCCAAUUUACAGUUUGUAUCAUGCUUCUGGUAAUAUGAAAUUUGCCAGUUGCUGGUAUGUAAAUUCUGUACGCCCCCCUGCUGGUAGCCCAUUAAUUUUCCCUGGACACUACGUUCACCCAAUUUCUGCUUAGCGGGAUAAUGCAUAAUUACAUCUGAACCCCAAAUGCGUAGGUAUUUCAGAUUAGGGCGUUUUUAAACAGCUUUUCCUAGGGGGUGACAUCUAAACCAGAAUGAUAACUGCGAUUUCUAACAUAACAAAAGGCAUUGAGCGCUUCAGCCCAAAAGUCUUUGGGCAGAUUAGCAUCGUGCAGAUAAGUUUUAACCCCUGCCUGCAGGUCACGCUGCACAACUUCAACAAGCCCAUUUUGCCAGGGACUUCGGGGGCAGAUAACUCAUGCGUAGUCCCCUGCGCUUCCAGGAAUUUCUCAAAAUCCUCAGAAACAAAUUCCCCGCCCGGUCAGAAAAAGGUUCUUAAUAGGUUUGUUAAAAUGUGUUUUUACCCAGUUGCAAAAACUUUGUACUUCUCAAAUGCUUGGGACUUCUCAGCUAUUGCAUAAGUCCAACAAUAUCUACUAUACUGGUCUAUCAGGGUAAGCCAGUACUUAGAACCUCCUAAUGAUGGUGGGAGUGGCCCAACUAAAUCACAAUGUACACGCUCAAAUGGCUCAGUUACUUUCCUAUCUGAGCACCUACCCUUGCGUGCAACCUUAAUCUUAUUCUUGCAACAGGAUAGACAUUGCAUAAAGAAUUUGCAUGGUUUUAAGUUGAGGCCAUUAACAAUAUUCUUGGUCUUAAUUACAUCAGCAAAAUUCAGAUGUCCCAGAAUUCUGUGCGCCACAUGGACACACCCAGAAUGUGGCCUUACAUUCCUCAACCCCUGGCUUGACUGUGCUGCUCUGCAAUUUAUAGGCGAUUGGGAGUAGGUGCAAAAAUACAGUCUAUAUAAACCAUCAGAUUCCCGGGCAUACAAUAGACGUUUGUUCCCCUCGAAAAACUCACACAUUGACUUUAAGAAACGCACAGUUAUGCCUUGACGAGCAAAGCACCUUACUGAUAAUAAAUUGUCCACUGAUGGGCAGUAAAUGCAGUUCGCUAUAGUAAUGUUUAAAGAGUCAAGUUUAACAGUACCCCUGCCAAGCGACUGCAAGACUUGUGAAUUGGCUAAAUGUACAUUACCAAUUUCCUCUUCGAAAGAAAUAAACAAGCUUCGAUCGUUGCAAACGUGCUGAGAUGCUCCUGAGUCCACAAUAAAAGAAUUCCACUUGGCACCUUUAAUUCUUUUACGAUCUCUUGUGCUAGCGUGAAAAGCUCGCGGCUCGUUUCUGUCUUUACGGUACGAUGCCGGCUGCUGAGCUGACGACCGUGACUGACGAACAGAAACAGACUUGGGAGUACUUUGCUUUCUUUUGGAUCUGCAGUCCUUUGCAAAAUGUCCUUGCUUAUUGCAGAACCAACAACGCUUUGCAGCUUUAAAUGCAGUUGUAUCACCACAAGUUUGCAUAUGGCGUUCCUCAUUCUUUCUGGAAAUAGGAGUGCUUAUGGCACAAGCCUCCCUUCUGUCCAACUCGCCCAUUAAUCUUGCCGUUACCCCUGCCACAGUUAAUUGUGCUGGUGGAACGGCAGAUAUCUGGCUAGCUAUACCAUCAAAGUCCUCAUUAAGGGAACAAAGGAUGAUGAAAACAUACUGAAUAUCAGGUAUCUCCAUGUCCCUUCGAAUUAAUUCGCCGCGUAUUGCCUCCAGACGUCUCAAGUGUGCUGCCAAAUCACCACCAGGCUGCAACUCGUCUGGUACAACUGCUUGAAAACGUCAAUGCAGACGCUGACUCUUUUCUAACAUGCACUGCUGCAAGACUGUCCCACAUUUCUUUGGCAGUUUUCUUAUUUCUUAUAUAGACUACUUGCUGGUCGCUGACUGCCAAAUUAAUUAUCGCCCUGGCUUUCGCAUCUCCUUUCGACCAAGCAUUAGUCACAGGGUCAGGAGGGUCAUCAAUUACAUAGGUCCAUACUUCUCUAGAGGUCAAAAGCGCCUCCACCCGAAAAGACCAUAAACUAUAGUUCUCAUCUGUCAGCUGUGGGAAGACCAGAGCCUUCUCAGCUUCAGGAACCCGGUCAACCAUUCUGGAACUCUUCCAGACCCACAGAACUACGCUAACAGGAGAAGGAGUUUUCAAACCUUUCUCAGAGUCCAAAAAUAUGCAGUCAUCCACUCAGCAGCUGGGCCCAUAACCAAAGAUGUUGGCUUUUUGCAGUAUGGUAGCGCUGCAGAGAGCUUGCUGGGGAGACCAUGCAUUAAAAAGGGACUCAAAAAUAAUUUAAACAAGGUUUUAAUAAGAAAAACAAAAACUCCUUUUACACUAAAUACAUUAACAAACAAACAUGACCCAACCACCAACCCAUCCCCCAGGGUAAUGGGAGAGCUAGGUGCUGCUCCUUAUAUACUACACCCAAUUGCCAACACAGCUUAAUCAGUACAACUCGGCAGCACCUGCUAUGUUUCACAGCUGUAAAGCUGGGUCUCGUUAUCUUGCUCUGGCCCUUGCUUUGGCCCCUUAAAGACAUACACAUCGGGUGGAACAGUGAUGAACCUUUACAUUUAAAGAAACCAUUCAACACUACUAUCAAAAAUUUCUCUCCUUGUGUUUGAAUUUCAAUUGCCACAAAUCUUCCUUGGUCAUCUUUGAAGAUAAAUUUCGGUAAUAGUCUCUCCUUUGCAUAAAUCCCUAGCCCUCUUUUUUUAACCUUGUCCGAUGAAAUAAACUCCUGACCCAGUCUUUUAUUAAUCAGUAGUUUCCUGUGUAGCCUUGUUACAUGUGUUUCUUGUAAACAAAUCAAGUCCAAUUGUUCCUUUUUUAAUAAACGAAACACAGAUCUCCUUUUCUGAGGGGAGUUCAAACCAUUACAAUUCCAGCUUAAUAGUUGCAGAGCCAUGAUGUAUUUACUUUGCUUCUCCUCCAACUGCACCCAGUGCCUGUUCCUGAUCUGUCGGUGGUAUCCCCUUCUUCAGGCGGUCUUUUAGUUCAGGAGGUAAACCUGGUAUGUCUAAAGUUUCACUUACUAGUGCUCUUAACUCUUCUGCAGCUUCCUUCUGCAGGUCUUCUCCGUGGUCUCUCCAAAAUCUAUCUUUGUCGUCCUCUGAUCUUAUUUUUAUCUUCUUCCCUUUGUAACUAAAGGAUAGGCCUUGGGGGAAUUCCCACCUAAAGAUGAUUCCGUUACUUCUCAACAGGGCAACCAAAUCUCUAUAAUUGGACCUAAGGUCCAAAAGAUGUUUCGGAAUGUCCUUAAAUAUCUCCACUUUUGACUGGUGUAUUUCCAAAGUCUUCUGGAAGUGCGGACUCAAGAUUUUGUCUCUCUCCUCUUUUGUUCGGAGGGUGAUCAAACAGUCUCUCACCCUGUUCUUCCUCCCUCCUCUUCCAAGCCUGAAGGCACUCACUAUCUUGAAACUAUCCUUCUCCAAAUCUGGGUUCCAAAAGUCUGCAAAUUCCUGCGUAAGAAAGUCAAUCAAAUUGUCUUUCUCAAGUUCGGGUACGGCCCUGAUCCUUAAAUUCGUUUGUUUCUCCUUCAACUCAAUCAUAGACAAUAUUGACCUGUGGUCUUCAAGUUGUUUGUGUAUCGGUGGUAUCUUCUCUUCUACAACAGUGGCUGUAGCAGUUGCUAUUUCCUUUGCCUCUUCGGCUGUCUUUCGUGUCAAGGUAGAUUCCUGUAGUAAUUUCUGAAUAGUUUCUGUAUUGGUAUUUACCUUCUGUCCCAAAUUAUUAAUACUUGUGGUGUUUUGGUCAAUUUUACCCGAUGCCUCGGUUACUUGUUUACUUAUUCUUUCCAAAGAUUCGUUGAUUUUACCUAGUGCCUGAGCCAAAGCAUCUUCAGCUGCCAUUCCUUUAGGUUUAGGUUGUGCCGAUGAGGUUACUGUUGGUAAACCAGAAGGGCCAGAUGUCGAUGCUCUUCGUUGCAGCCCACCGUCUGUGCGAAAUAGUCUGCCAGAUCUUGUUGCUCUUUCCUGUAACAAAUCUAUCUUCUCCUUCCCAUCUGCCAUAACCCUCAAGAUAAAACCCAAGGUCAGUCUCACGAUCAGAAUUUGUUUUGAAGUGGAAAAUUCCCCUGGCCCAGCUGCUAUUGUAGCAUUUUCGAACUUCCUCUAGGGGGACACAGUAGCCGUCAAAAGUGUCUUAAAGUAAUUAACUUUUUUCCUUUAGCUCCCCAAUUCACAAAAAGGACAACAGUUUCAAUCCCAGUUAUUUCCUGUUACUUUAAAACCAGGAGAAGCCAGUCAGAAAUAUUGUAUCUUACUUGUAUCUCAGAUGCAGAGUUAACUGUCAAAGAGUACUUUCAGCAACAGCGUGUUUCGCAAUACGGCUUUCUUACUGUUCACUGGCAACCCGUUCCAGGGUUUUAAGCGGUGGAUUUUAGCUUCUUUUCCUCUCUUUUUGCAGGGAAAUACAGUUCAGACCUUUCCCCCCUCCUCCCCUGCAAUCAAGGGGGGGGAAAUCGCUUGUUUGAUGUUCGAAUUAUAGUCCUUUUCCGACGUCUUUUAAGGUUUCCGCUUACAAGUUCAUUGCUUUACUCCAUUUACAAGAACGGAAGGCAGACUUCCUGUUUAUGCCUCUCCGCUUCGGUGCCAAAUUAUUUGUAAAAUUUGUAAGUUCCUUUAAUUCCGAAAUUAGCCUACUCACGGAUCGUUGUUUUGCAGCCAAAUUGUCCCAGGAAAAAGGCAGCGCUCUCCGGUAAUGGCUACGCGACUUCGCUCCACGGAAGAAGCAGUUGACUCACAGCACCGCGCCACUUCCCCGCUCCGCUCCGGAGCCCGUAGUCGGGCUCCUUUGCCAAUUGGGGGGGGCGCAAAAGGUGCCCGCCGAGUCCCACGGUCACAGGCUUCACCCGCCUGUGAUUUUUGAAGGGUCCCCGCUUCGCCGUAGAGGUGCAGACCCGAUUUCCACAGAGCCGGUUCCCUCCAAGUCAGAGGGAAUCCGCCAUUACCGAUGGCGCCACCCCGGAAGUCCACAUUUCACAUAAUUUUUAGUUGGUCGUGCUAAAAACACACCUACUCUCUUCAAACGCCAACAGCUAACUGGCGGCCAGCACAGUCGCAACUGUUCUACUCACACAUAUAUAGGCACAUUUGGGUGAUGUCGCGACACAAAUACCAUUUCUCGAUAUUGAAAUAUUGUUGGUGUGUAAAUGUGCCCCUUGCAUCAAUGUGCCCCACCUCCCCCAAUCAGCAUUUUCAGAGGAGGGGGAAGAAGGGGAAAGUGUGUCCCACCAGAUAAGACUCCCAUCCUCCCUGGCCAUGGGCCAUCCUUGCUUGGGCAGGUGGUACUUUGAGUCCAACCACAUCUGGAGGGCCAGAGGUGCCUCACCUCAGUAUAGACGGUUCCUCUAGGGCUCAGUGUUACUUGGGAGUUGGUGAAAUUGGAUCUUAAGGGUUCUUGAGACAUUGCCAAGGGAUUGUGAUUGGUAUCCAGACCCUAACACGAUAAAGCCAAGGUGUCCACACUGAGCAGUUUAUCAACCCUGCUGGCUGCUGGGGAAGACCUUCAGAAGGAAAUUGUUUGUCCCCAAAGUUGCUUCCUUCCUUUCUCCGCUGCUGCUGCCCACACUAAAGGAAUGUCUGGAUGAAAUCCCAGGGAUGUCUGGCUCCUAUGUCCAGUUGAGAUUCUAGAAAAAAGUGUGGCUAAGAUUCUGAGUCACAAUCGUGGCUGAGAAAUACAGCCAGGGAAUAUGAAACUGAUUUGAAGAUUGGUUUCUUCUUUACACUUCAUUAUUAUUAUUAUUAGUAGUAGUAUUAUAUUACAUUCAGGAGGACACACCACUGGUUUCAUCAUCUUUCUAUUCUUUCCCACACUCAGUGUUAGUCACCUUUAAUACUCACCUUUUUCAGUGUAACACAUAUUUUUAUCUUGUGAUAUUCAGAUGAAGAGAGGUAUAACAAUUUAAUAAAUAAUUCCCAGUUGGAGCAGAGCUAGAAUAUCCAGAAGCCCUUGGCCACCCACGGCAAAGGAGGAAGAACAGUGAGAGAGGCCUGGACAGGGAAUCUCCGCUAAGAUAAGCCAGUGUCAGGAGGCAGGUGCGAGACCCAGCGGCAUAUAAUUAUUAUAAAUCAUAAUUGGGGUGGGUGUCUCAAUCUGGCCUUCCCAGCAGUCAGGCUCCAGCUGCUUUCCUUCUGCAUUUCCAGCUCUCUCCGUUCAAUAAUGCAAGGCUGAGAGAUGGAGGUCCAACCCCAAGAACAUUCUCCAACUGAGCACUCCUUCAACCGACCACAAGCACCAAGCCUUGUCACUAGACUUAUAUAUGGGUCUCCCAAAAUGGUCAGUAUGGACCUCCUGAGGCCAAAGGGAAUGUGCAGGUGAUUAAUAAAGAUCUAGAGGUCGAAGGCGACAAAAUGUGGCCCAAGGGGUGCAGUGGAUGAAGAACUUCAUGAUGAAUUUAGGAUCCUGAUUAAUAUUGGCCAGGUUCAUGGAACAUAGAGCAGCUCCCGUUCCUGUGAGAAACCACUUUUUAUAAAACGUAAACCCCACAGUUCAACCGUAUUCUAAGAUAAUGCUGCUUCAUUAAUGCUUAAUUAAGGGUUAGGAAAGGCUGAUGAUGCAUUACCAUUAUUUAACAUUAUUUCAUCUGUCUUUCCUAAAAAUUUGGAACAUAUGGAGGACAGGAAAGAAUGUACGAGACGUCAAAAUAAGAGCAGGUGCUAAUUGAUGUGUGUAAUAUUCCUUUGUUCUCUUCCUAGGUUUCCUUCCCCCCCCCCACUCCUCCCUGUUGAAAGAAGACAAUGGAGAAGGCAGUCAAAAUUCUGGAGGGCCAUGUCCAAUGGGAAUAACAAAGAAACCAUAUAAAUUCAUGGAAUGUGAAAAGAGAGAGGAGAAACAAUUUGAAAGUAUGGAGUGUGGGAAGAGUUUCACUGACAGUGGAACACUUGGAAAACAUCAACGGACUCACACAGGAGAGAAACCAUUUAAAUGCAUGGAGUGUGGAAAAAGCUUUGGUUGGAGUUCAAACCUUCGUAUACAUAAACACACGCACACAGGGGAAAAACCAUAUAAAUGUAAGGAGUGUGGAAAGAGCUUCAGUCAGAUUGGACACCUUAGAAACCAUCAACGAACCCACACAGGGGAAAAACCAUAUAAAUGUAUGGAGUGUGGAAAGAGCUUCACCGAUAGUGGAACAUUUAGAAAACAUCAACGGACUCACACAGGAGAGAAACCAUUCAAAUGCAUGGAAUGUGUAAAGAGCUUCAGUCAGAGUAGAAACCUUAGAAUCCAUCAACGGAUUCACACAGGGAGAAACCAUUUAAAUGUUUGGAGUGUGGAAAGAGUUUUAGUACGAAUAGAAGACUGA